GAUGGCGGGCGACACACACGAUCCGGAUAGGCAGACUAUCUCGUCGAAAACGAUUACAGAUAUUCAUUACAGACCCUUGAUGCAACCAGAAUACACACUGUACGCUCGAAGAUGGUACAUCGUCCUAGUUGUGUGUGUUGUCAGCAUGGCGAACGCCUUGAUCUGGAUCUGUUUUUCUCCCAUCACCAACCUAACAACAGCAUACUACGGCAUCUCGUCCAUGCAGGUCAACUGGCUGUCACUCAUCUAUCUCGUCGCGUGCAUCCCCGUGGGAUUUCUGGCAACAUGGCUACUUGACACUCUUGGCCUCCGGAUUAGUAUUAUUUUAUCAGCAUGGUUGAACCUGAUUGGCUGCUUGUUACGCUCUCUGACCGUGUUUGAGUUCAUGCCCCCCGAUGCCCGCUACCCCGUGUUGAUGACCGGGCAGCUGUUGGCCGCAUGUGCUCAGCCAUUCAUCAUGUUCUGUCCCACCAAACUGGCGGCGCUGUGGUUCCCCGACACACAACGUGCAACAGCCAACACGCUCGCUUCUAUGGCUAACCCUCUUGGAAUAUUGGUAGCAAAUUUGCUGGCACCAAAACUAGUCACAGUACCAUCGGAGAUGCCAAACUUGUUGUGGACAUGUACAGGAGUGGCUGGUUUAGGUGUUGUCAUGGCAACGUUUGGAGUCUGUAGUUCCAUUCCACCGACGCCGCCGACUUCAAGUGCAGCAGAGGCAUCGGAACCAUUCUUCUCAGGACUGAAAAAGCUGCUGCAUGUCAAGUCCUACUGGGUGCUGUGCUUUGUGUUCGGUGCUGGUCUGGCCAUAUUUACAGCAUUCACCACAUUUACAGAACAGAUUCUCUGUCCGCGGGGAUACACGAAUGGUUUCUCUGGUAUGUGUGGUGCACUGAUGAUUGGCGUUGGUGUAGCUGGUGCUGCUACCGCCGGUGUUAUCUGUGAUAAGACAAAACGUUUUGAAGAAGUCGCCAAAAUCAGUUUUGCAGGAGCGACUGUGUUUGGGAUAGUUUUUACAGAGGUCAGCCGUCUCCGAGACAUGGACGUGGAGAUCGCUGUCAGCAUAUCUCUGUUCGGUUUCUUUGGUUUUGCAUUGUAUCCUAUAUGCAUGGAGUUGGCAGUCGAGGUUACCUACCCUGUUGCCGAGGCAACCAGUUCAGGGAUGCUCUUUAUAUCAGGCCAGGUCCAGGGGAUCGUGUACAUGUUGGUGGCCCAGAUGAUUGCGCAGCCUCUCCCCCACCAGGAAGUGGGCCUCCCCACCGGCUGCAGCACCAACGGCUCCUCUAUAGGAGACGACUUCACCCCUCAAGACUGGACAAUCCCCAACUUGUUCCUGAAUGGCGUUGCAGCCUUCGUCUCCAUCGUUUUCAUGCUUCUAUUCCAUCCACACUACCGCCGCAUGAGAGCCGAGGAACUUGCAAAGCCUGAAGAUCCGGACACAAGAGGCCAAUCUGAAGCAAUGCAGGUGUAUGUCGUGUCAACGCAGCUCUGAUCUCUACAGCCACCUUCUGUUAUACUGUGUAGCCUCAUGGAAAUCUAGGAGGGAUAUCAGGAUUAUGACAGUGUGUUCACUAAGUAAAACAAAGAAUAUACAGAGUUCACUAAGUGUACAGUGUUCACUAAAUACAACAUAGUUACGGUGUUCACUAAGUAAAACACUAAGUGUACAUUGUGUUCACUAAGUAAAACACUAAGUGUACAGUGUGUUCACUAAGUAAAACACUAAGUACAUUGUGUUCACUAAGUAAAACAAAGAAUACAGUGUUCACUUUGUAAAACAUUAAGUGUACAUUGUGUUCACUUAGUAAAACAUAUGUACAUUGUGUUCACUAAGUAAAACAGAAUAUACAGUGUUCACUUUGUAAAACAUUAAGUGUACAUUGUGUUCACUUAGUAAAACAUUAUAUGUACAUUGUGUUCACUUAGUAAAACAAAUAAUACACAGUGUUCACUUUGUAAAACAUUAAGUGUACAUUGUGUUCACUAGGUAAAACAUUAUAUGUACAUUGUGUUCACUAAGUAAAACAGAAUAUACAGUGUUCAUUUUGUAAAACAUUAAGUGUACAUUGUGUUCACUUAGUAAAACAUAUGUACCUUGUGUUCACUAAGUAAAACAAAGAAUAUACAGUGUUCACUUUGUAAAACAUGUACGUUGUGUUAAGUUAUUAUAGUAUGUUCCCUAAGUAUAGCUUGUUCACAAAGUAUAGUGUGUUCACAACUUUGGUGAACUCUCUCAGAUUACUGGGUUGCUGGUGUUAUUUGAUGAAUACUCCCAGUUUCGUGUUGAACAACAGCUACCCUUUAAAUGUUGGCCCAUGUGUGUCUUCAUCAGUAUGUACACUGUUUCAAGUGAUGGUUUAGAUAUAAUAGGAAUAUAAUCAGAAUAUUGGAAUAUGCCAAAGUGACAAUCAGUUGAUCUCAGUUUGUUUUGUUCAAUAUACACACAAAACUAAUAUUUAAGUUUCUGUAUAAGGAACUCAUUUCGUUUUAUAUCUGUAUUUUAAAGUUUCAUUUAUUUUAAUUUUAUUGAUCAAGGUAUCCCUAUGUUAUAGCACAGUUUAGAUGAAAUCAUUCAUUUGGUUAUCACAAUAAGUGAGAAGUGUUUGAUUGCAAGCCAAUAUGUUUCAUGAAUAAUAGACCGGUCUUAUAAUAGUCAGGGUUCUGGAUUCAAUUGUCUGAGAGCCAAACACCCUUUUUCACAGCAUAAGACUGUUCACCUGUUCCAGUCAAACACCCCUUCUCUCAGCAUUAGACUGUUCUGCUGUGAUAGCCAAACACCCCUUUUUACAUAAUUGGACUGUUCACCGGUUCCAGCCAAACUCCCCUACUCACAGCGUUAGACUGUUCACCUGUUCCAGCCAAACACCCCUACUCACAGCGUUAGACUGUUCACCUGUUCCAGCCAAACACCCCUACUCACAGCGUUAGACUGUUCUGCUGUUCCAGCCAAACACCCCUACUCACAGCGUUAGACUGUUCACUUGUUCCAGCCAAACACCCCUUCUUUCAGCAUUAGACUGUUCACCUGUUCCAGCCAAACACCCCUCACCCAUUAUUUGACUGUUCUGCUGUCCAAGCCAAACACCCCUUCUCACAUCAUUAAACUGUUCACCUGUUCAAACCAAACAACCCUCACCCAUUAUUUGACUGUUCCUCUGCCCAAGCCAAACAUCCCUUGUGACAGCAUUAGACUGUUCACCUGUUCCUGCUAAACACCCCUUCUCACAUUAUGAGACUGUUCACCUGUCCAAACCAAACAACCCUCACCCAUUAUUUGACUGUUCACCUGUCCAAGCCAAACACCCCCCAACCUUGUAUUGCAUGGUCUCGAGAUCUGAUGUGCCUUUGUUCCCAAUGUUGCAAAUAUUUGUUUUAAUGCAUCAAGGUGUAUUUUAGAUUGCAGUAGGUAUUUGAUAACUGUAUAUGUAAAUUAAAAGAUUACAGUGAAGCAGACCAACUGUCGCUUAGUUGAAGCUCUGAGCUUACGCAGAACAAUCUCAGCACUGUUGUGACUGCUGUUCCUUGACCGACUGUCGGUCAGUUGAAGCUCUGAGCUUACGCAGAACAAUCUCAGCACUGUUAUGACUGCUAUUCCUUGGCCGACUGUCCCUUAGUUGAAGCUCUGAGCUUACGCAGAACAAUCUCAGCACUGUUGUGACUGCUGUUCCUUGACCUACUCUCUCUUGGUUGAAGCUCUGAGCUUACGCAGAACAAUCUCAGCACUGUUAUGACUGCUAUUCCUUGGCCGACUGUCCCUUAGUUGAAGCUCUGAGCUUACGCAGAACAAUCUCAGCACUGUUGUGACUGCUGUUCCUUGACCUACUCUCUCUUGGUUGAAGCUCUGAGCUUACGCAGGACAACCUCCGCACUGUUGUAACUGCUAUUCCUUGGCCAACUGUCCCUUAGUUGAAGCUCUGAGCUUAUGCAGAACAACCUCAGCACUGUUGUGACUGCUGUUCCUUGACCGACUGCUCCUUAGUAGAAGCUCUGAGCUUACGCAGAACAAUCUCAGCACUGUUGCGACUGCUGUUCCUUGGCCGACUGUCCCUUAGUUGAAGCUCUGAGCUUACGCAGAACAAUCUCAGCACUGUUGUGACUGCUGUUCCUUGACCUACUGUCUCUUGGUUGAAGCUCUGAGCUUAUGCAGAACAAUCUCAGCACCGUUGUAACUGCUAUUCCUUGGCCAACUGUCCCUUAGUUGAAGCUCUGAGCUUAAGCAGAACAAUCUCAGCACUGUUGUGACUGCUAUUCCUUGGCCGACUGCUCCUUAUUUGAAGCUCUGAGCUUACGCAGAACAAUCUCAGCACCGUUGUGACUGCUGUUCCUUGACCGACUGCUCCUUAGUAGAAGCUCUGAGCUUAAGCAGAACAAUCUCAGCACUGUUGCGACUGCUGUUCCUUGACCGACUGCUCCUUAGUAGAAGCUCUGAGCUUACGCAGAACAAUCUCAGCACCGUUGUGACUGCUGUUCCUUGACCGACUGCUCCUUAGUAGAAGCUCUGAGCUUACGCAGAACAAUCUCAGCACUGUUGUGACUGCUGUUCCUUGACCGACUGUCCCUUAGUUGAAGCUCUGAGCUUACGCAGAACAAUCUCACCACUGUUGCGACUGCUAUUCCUUGACCGACUGUCCCUAAGUUGAAGCUCUGAGCUUACGAAGAACAAUCUCAGCACUGUUGUGACUGCUAUUCCUUGACCGACUGUCCCUUAGUUGAAGCUCCUAGCUUACGCAGAACAAUCUCAGCACUGUUGUGACUGCUAUUCCUUGGCCUACUGUCCCUUAGUUGAAGCUCUGAGCUUACGCAGAACAAUCUCAGCACUGUUGUGACUGCUGUUCCUUGACCCACCGUCCCUUAGUUGAAGCUCUGAGCUUACGCAGAACAAUCUCAGCACUGUUGUGACUGCUAUUCCUUGACCGACUGUCCCUAAGUUGAAGCUCUGAGCUUACGAAGAACAAUCUCAGCACUGUUGUGACUGCUAUUCCUUGACCGACUGUCCCUUAGUUGAAGCUCCUAGCUUACGCAGAACAAUCUCAGCACUGUUGUGACGACUGCUAUUCCAUGGCCUACAAUUAUGGCUGUUUUGUUGAUAUGCUACAUAUUUUGGUGUAUUUCUCUGACAAACUCCCAUUUUCUCUCGCUGGACAGGUAAAAACAUGAUUUGGCCCUUUACCCUUUGUUGAUGUUUUUAGCCCUGAAGACUUCUUUCAUGCACUGAAGGGUUUCUGAGCCAUAAUACUUAUAGUAUUUAUGUACGAUGCUCAUUAAUAAGUUCGAUUGUGAAGGUUCGGGUUAAAUACAUUACAAGUGUAGUUGCUACUUACCAACUUCUGGUUUGGCAUGGAUAGCGCUUACACUGUCAUAGUGAUCACAUAUGAAUCUGCCAUGAACAAAUUAUCAGAAUCAUUAUCAGAGAUAUUAAUUAUGUGUCUAUUUUGCUUUUAUACAAGACGAUGGAAUAAAUUUUGUACGUUUUUAUA